UCUCGGCAAAUGCAAAACAGUGCCUAAGAAAAAACGCGAAUCUUUCUCUCUCUUCUACAACCUUUUUAAUAUUCUCUCUCCUCCUUCUCUCUCUCUAGCCCCACGCCCCCACGAAAACGAAAUCGAACUGCACAGAAAAAAAUACUAAAAAUUACAAACUCUUAAAAAACGGAUCCGAACAAAAAAUUGAACCCUAACCCUAGAAAACGGCCCUUAUCCUCUUGGUCUUCAAUCUCCGUUCGUUCGUCCGUCUUUCCCUCUUGAGUCACCGAACGAAUCUCGAUUGGUUCUUCUGCAACGCUGCGCGGUAGGUUCCGCACUGAACCCUAACUUAAUUUCUUACGAUAGGGUUUCAAUUUCUAUGAUGGAAUGUUCUGGCUAUUGUGCACGUUGUUGUUGCCGGCGAUGACCAGUUCUGGCCGAUGUCAACGGAGGAAGGACAUGGCGGCUUCUGGGGCUCAACAACGGGGAGAUUCCGCCGAGGCGAGGCCGUCACCGGUGGAUUCUCCGGCGGAAUUGCCGGGAACCUCUGAGGAUUCUGCCGUGUACGAAAUUGACUACUUUUCUCAGGCAAGGAAGGCGCUGAGCGAACGUUCCCCUUAUGAAGAAGAAGCGUCCACUUCUGGGGUGGUUACUCUGCCAAGUGGGUUAUCUAGUUUGUUGAACCGCCAUGGGGAUAACCGUCGGCGGCACAAGAAGGUUCGGUCCGGGGGCGAGAAGAAGAAGAAGAAAUCAUCUAGGGCGAGCGAGAAGGCACGUGCUUUCAACAUUUGGGACGAGACUGAGGAGUAUUUUAGGGACUUAUCAUUGAGUGAUAUCGAUACCUUAGUGGAGCUUUCUUCGCUGUCUAGGUUAUGUUCUCGUCAGUGUUUCUCGAUUCCGGUUUUGGGGAAUUCUCCGAGACUCGAUAUAGUAGUUAAUAGUAGUGAGGAUGACAAGAAAGAUGCAAUAAAACUGGACUUAGAUAGUGGCGAGGAUGAUAAAAAGGUUGAGGAAGACUUGGGAAGUGAGGAAUGUACAUUGGGAGUGGAGUCAAUUGACAAUGCCGCUGCCGAAAACGAUUUGCCUCAGGAUGAUGGAAAAAAUGUCUCGUGUGUUAGUUUAGAGUGGCUAUUAGGUUGUAGGAGUAAGGUUUCUUUGACUUCUGAGCGCCCUACAAAGAAAAGGAAGCUUUUGAGUGGGGAUGCUGAUUUGCAGAAAGUUCAAAUGACCAUUCCUCGUGAUGGGGAUGAACCCUUUUGUCAUUAUUGUGGCAUGGGGGAGACAGGCAGAGAUUUGAACCGUUUGGUUGUUUGUGCCUCUUGUAAAAUGGCAGUUCAUCAGAAGUGCUAUGGUGUGCAAGAUGGCGUGGAUGAGUCUUGGUUGUGCUCGUGGUGUAAGCUAAAGCGAGGUGUCGAGGGGUCGGUGAAUCCUUGUGUGCUUUGCCCGAAUAAAGGUGGUGCUUUGAAACCAGUUGAUAGCACUGUGGAAGACGUUGAGUCUGUGCAGUUUGUGCACUUGUUUUGUUGUCUGUGGAUGCCCGAGGUUUAUGUAGAUGAUUUGAAGAAGAUGGAGCCUGUUAUGAACGUCGGGUCAAUAAAGGAAACCCGGAGAAAAUUAGUGUGUAAUAUUUGCAAACUGAAGUGGGGUGCAUGUGUUCGUUGUAGCCAUGGAACCUGCAAGACUUCUUUCCAUCCGUUAUGUGCAAGGGAAGCUCGACAUAGGAUGGAGGUGUGCGCAAAGUAUGGAGAUGAUAAUGUUGAGUUGCGGGCUUUUUGCUUGAAACACUCAGAUUUACAAGAUAAUAGGGGCAUCUUGCCAUUAGGAGACUCCCUUUCUAUUGGCAAUACUUUUUUUGAAGCUAAUGGCCUUCCAGUAAAUAGCGAACACAAGUUGAAAAUUGGAUGUGGUAGUCCCAAUAAGUUGAACCACAAUGGACUGCAAGAUGUAGGACUGUCUGAUUGUAGGUUAAUUGCCCGUGACCUGUCUGGAUGUGGUGCUGUGCAGCAACAUAAUGUUGGAAUGGUAGGGAGGACGAUUGAGAAUGGUGUUGCAUCUGACUCCACCAGUUUUGCACUUAUUUUAAAGAAGUUGAUAGACCGGGGAAAAGUUGAUGCAAAGGAUGUAGCAAUGGAGAUUGGCAUUUCACCAGAUUCAUUAAUUGCAAAUAUUAAUGAAGCUUAUAUGGACCCUGAUGUGGUUGACAAAAUCGUCAAUUGGCUGAAAGCUCAUGUAUACACUACUGCAUUUCACAAAGGUUUAAAAGUCAAAUUCAAACCACCGAUUCCUUCCAAGGAUGAAAGUGGAGCUGCAGAAGGUUCUGUUGCUCUUCCAACAUCUGAUUCAGGUUCGUUGGAUCCUGUUGCUGUUAAGUCAGUACCUCCAAGGAGGAGAACUGUCAGCAACAUUAGGAUUUUGAAGGAUAAUAAAGUGAUAUGUUCAUCCGAGGGGGUUACUAGUGAGAAUGGGAUGUCAAAAGACAAGUUCAGAGCUGAUCAGUUAGACCAUGAAAAUCCAGGAAGUUCUAAUGGAGGGUCUCCAGAUGCUACUGUGGUGGACUUAACCAAGCCUGAGGAUAUGUUAUCGAAAGUUCAAGGGAAUGAAGAUAAACCACACAAAACCAACUUAUCUGAAUGUGUUUCAGAAGAAAUGUCCAAGCUUUAUUCGCAGAAUGCUUCUAUGUUUUCUGAUCGCUACUGUCCUCUCUAUUCUGCUGUGAAACUUCUUGAUUGUGGUUCCAUAAAGGUGGAAGCCAGCUCUAGCUACAUUCACCCAUCCAUUGAGAAGUUGCUACAGAUUCAUAAUGGGGAAUUAAUGUGCACUGGUAUUUCCAAGCCUGAUGAAGGAAAUAUGGAGCAGUUGCAUAGCUCUGGAAAAAUGGAACUUUUGGAAUCUUCUCCAGAAGAUGAAGUGGAGGGGGAACUUCUAUUUUUACAGCAUAGAUUAUUGCGGAAUGCAGUUGCAAGAAAGAAGUUUACUGAUAACUUAAUCUCCAAUGUGGCAAAGAGGUUGCCGCAGGAGAUUGAUGCAGCGCAUCAGCGAAGGUGGGACUCUGUGAUUGUUAAUCGAUAUCUGCGUGAUCUUAGGGAGGCAAAAAAGCUAGGUAGGAAAGAAAGAAAGCACAAGGAAGCCCAAGCUGUUCUGGCUGCUGCAACUGCUGCUGCUGCGGCAUCUUCUCGGGUUUCUUCCUUCCGAAAAGACUCUCUAGAUGAAUCUAUGCAACAAGAGAAUUUGUUGAAGUUGGAUGCUUUAAGUGGGAGGAAUGGUGCUGGUUCUCAGCCAAUGCCAAGAGCUAAAGAGACACUUUCAACAGUAGCUGUGACAAGAACGUCAUCAGAGAAAUAUUCUGAUUUCAGCUUGCCAACCUCAGAAUAUUCUAAGGAGCAAUCUAAAUCAUGUGAUAUCUGCAGACGAUCUGAGACUUUGUUUAAUCCCAUCCUUGUCUGCUCUGGUUGCAAGGUUGCAGUGCAUUUGGACUGUUAUCGUAGUGUGAAAGAAACUACUGGCCCAUGGUACUGUGAAUUAUGUGAAGAUGUAACAUCUAAAAGCUGUGCAACAUCUGCUAUCAAUUUCUGGGAGAAGCCUUAUUUUGUUGCAGAAUGUGCCCUUUGCGGUGGUACUACUGGAGCUUUUAGGAAAUCUUCUGAUGGUCAAUGGAUUCAUGCCUUCUGUGCUGAGUGGGUUUUCGAGUCAACAUUCAGAAGAGGCCAAAUAAAUCCAGUUGAAGGAAUGCAGUCUGCGCUGAAGGGAGUUGACAAAUGUUGCAUUUGCCACCGCAAGCAUGGUGUUUGUAUGAAGUGUUGCUAUGGCCAUUGUCAAACCUCAUUCCAUCCAUCAUGUGCUAGAAGUGCUGGUUAUUACAUGAUUGUGAGGACUACUAGUGGCAAACCACAACACAAGGCUUACUGUGAAAAGCACAGUUUGGAGCAAAAGGCAAAGUCUGAAAAACAUGGAAUCGAAGAGCUUAAAAGUAUGAAGCAAAUCCGGGUUGAACUGGAGAGAUUACGUCUCCUCUGUGAGAGGAUUGUCAAACGUGAAAAAUUAAAGCGUGAAUUGGUUCUUUGCUCGCAUGACAUACUUGCCUUCAAAAGAGAUCAUGUUGCUAGGUCUGUGCUUGUUCAUAGCCCUUUCAUCCUUCCGGAUGGUAGUUCAGAAUCAGCUACAACAUCCCUUAGAGGAAACACAGAGGGAUACAGAUCAUGCAGUGAAGCAAUCCAAAGAUCUGAUGACAUAACUGUGGACAGUUCAGUUUCAGAUAAGCACCGUCUGAGAGCUGCUGUAUCCAUGGACACUGAUCCCAAAUUGGAUGAUGACUGCUCAACCUCACAAAGCCGCUAUAAUCACAAGAUCCCAGAUAGGGUUCAAUUUUCUGGCAAGCAGAUUCCUCGAAGAGCUUAUGCCGUGGCACGCAAUGUUUCAGAUGAGAGUGGCGGAUUGAGAUCCAAAUCUAGAAAGCAUGCCGACACAUUUGGAAAAGAGCUCGUUAUGACGUCUGACGAAGCGUCUAUGAAGAAUUUGUCUGUCAAAUGAUAAGCAGUGUAAGGAGAAUGUUUAAGCUAGUCAACCAGUGGAAAAUUACCGGUGAAAGUAUUGCUUCACAGCCUGGUUGGGCAUUUGCCCUUGUGGCUGACAUCCACCGUAUUUGGUGCCAAAGCCAUUUGCAUCUGGAUAUAUGAGUGUGGCAAAAUUGUGGGGUCAGCCCUGGACACUGCAUUGUUGCAGAACGUAGCAUUCUGCUCUGGUAGGAUGGAAGUUUUGCUUGCAUUGUUGUACAUUCAUUAUGAGAGUAAAACUGUACAGUGGGGUGAGCCAUGUCUUGCAUUUACUACAUGUUUUAGAUUAGGGCAUGUAUUCUCAUUUGGUUUUUAUUGAAAAUUGAGGGAGGACAGAACAGAAGCAUGCCGCCUUGUAGCGAUCCAGGAGCAUCACCUGUUUUUUCUGUAAAGUUUGGUGUACAUAUUGUGACAGUCGAAUUAAUUCUGACAGGGAUUGUGCUUAGCAAUCAGAUAUACCAGGCGUAUAAAUUAUGUAACAUUCCAUCUGAUUAUUUUUUUCUUCCUUCUUUAGUAGUCUGUCUUAUACUGUAUUUCUAUUGUUAGUAGUUUAGUAUUAAUGCCUGAUUGUCAGCUGUAAUAUUCUAACUGAAUUUCCUGUUAUUUUGAUGUAGUUUAUAAUUGAUCCAGUUUCAUUUU